AUGUCGCCACACAGUGAGGAAGUGGUGCUCACCAGCAAUGGUGCAGCCGAGAUUGCGUUGAACGGAAAUGGCAUCACGCUCUCCAGCAAUGGGGGCAACCGAGUGAGUGAUGACAUGGAAAUGGAAGCUCCAGUUGCUCCUUCCUCAGUUGCAGCUUCUGAGGGCAAUUUGGCCAUGGAUGCCCCGCAUCUCCUCUCCUCCACCAAGCCGAUUCUGAACUCAAAGAGCUCCAGCUCCACAAACGGACACAACUACAACGGUACAAGAACGACUGCAUCAUCGAACAGUGCCACCACCAAUGGCAACGGUGUGGCUGCACACCAUGCGAAUGGACAUGCGGUUCAUGGAACGCAUGGCGAAUCCAACACCAACGGCCAUGGCAUCAAUGGUCACAAGUCGCUCAAUGGAGCGGCCCAGAGCUCGCCGUACCUGGUGCCUGCUCCUCUUGAUGCCGAGUUUGACCUCAUUUGUGUUGGUUUCGGACCUGCGAGCUUGUCUGUCGCCGUAGCCAUGCAUGAUGCUCUUGCUGCGGGCAAAAGCUUGUUGCCCGGUGGUUCCCAUCCCAAGGUCUUGUUUAUUGAGAAGCAAAACCAGUUCGCAUGGCAUUCAGGCAUGCUGCUCCCUGGUGCUAAAAUGCAGAUCUCCUUUGUCAAGGAUUUGGCUACCCUAAGAGAUCCACGCUCCGAGUUCACCUUUUUGAAUUAUCUGCAUCGACAGGACCGUCUUGUCGACUUUACCAAUUUGAGCACUUUCCUUCCAGCUCGAGUCGAGUAUGAAGAUUAUCUUCGCUGGUGCUCGUCAUUCUUCACUCGCCUGGUUCAGUUUGGCCAGCAGGUGGUUUCAGUGUCUCCCAAUGAUGCCUCCAAGGGCUCAGUCCGUUCUUUUACCGUUCAGUCCCAAGAAGUGGCCACCGGACAGACUCAUACAUAUCGAGGACGCCACGUUCUGAUGGCUACGGGUGGACAACCGUCGAUGCCUAAAAGCUUCCCUCUCAAGCACCCUCAGAUUAUCCACUCGUCUCAAUAUGCCAACGUCAUCCACAAGUUGAUUCCCAAGACGACGACACCUUGCCGCGUCGUUGUGGUUGGUGCUGGCCAGAGUGCUGCAGAAAUUUUCAACAAUGUUUCGAGCAGAUACCCAAACUCCAAAACGUAUCUCGUCAUGAGACAAGAAUUCCUACGUCCCAGUGAUGACUCUCCUUUUGUCAACUCAGUCUUCAACCCAGAAUACAUUGACUGCCUCUUCCCGAAGUCAGCAAAGUAUCGUAACAAUCUUCUGACCGAAGCCCGCGCCACCAACUACGGCGUCGUCCGUUUGGAGCUUAUCGAGGCCCUUUACGAACGAAUGUACGACCAGCGUCGUGAACUCGGACCUAACGAGAAGACGUGGUCGAACAGGAUCAUGGGGGGCAAGCAGAUCACCAGCAUUGAGCCUCGUGGUGAAACCCUAGAGCUCAAGAUCCAAGAUGUUCAGGAUAGUGCUUUGGACGGCUUUCUUGAUGUUGCUCAUGAAGAGAUCAUCGAAGCUGAUCUAGUUAUUGCCGCAACGGGCUACCAGCGCAACGCGCAUGUAAACAUGCUCAAGGAUGCUUGGAACUUGUUACCCAAGGCCACUCCUGGAGGCCUAGAGUUUAGCAAGGGCAUUUCAGGAUGGAACGUGGAUACGGAACAAGGCGAGCGCAAGAUUGCAGUUGGCCGUGACUACAAGGUCAAAUUUGCACCAGGGGCGGUCGCUGACGAAGCAGGCGUAUGGUUGCAGGGUUGUUGUGAGGGUACUCAUGGCUUGAGUGAUACUCUCUUGUCUGUACUGGCCACAAGAUCGGGUGAGAUUGUGGACAACAUUUUUGGAACACAUUAG